CCUGUCGCCAAAUCUGGAAAAUUAAAAGAAAAUGUCCAAUCGUGUCAACAGGCGUUAGCUGCCGACGAAUGGAAACCCUGACCAUUUUAGUGGACUGUUGGAGCAACCAAUAGCAUUUGUGCUACGAAAAGUCCCCCAUCGCCGACGAUCGCUGUGCGGAGUAGCCUACGCUGAACGGGACAACACUAGAAGACUGGCACAGCCAGAGGAUCACAAGCCUCAAUAACUACUCGUUAGAGGCACUAUAACCACAAACGGGGUGCGUCUUGUGCUGUUCAAUGUUGUGAAAGUACAGUAUUUUAGAAGCAAACCCGGUUUACCCAAAUUUUAUAUUCUCGGAUUAGGGAUUUGAUCACUGGAUAACAUCAUUGGAAAUACAGGGCCACCAUGCACAGACACCCGCUCUCCUGGUAGCAAAUUGCCAGCGUUAUACUGCCUCUUAUUGUUGUAUUUCUGACAUGGAAUAACACGUUUUAACUGGAUUGUUUUAUGGGGCUACUAAGGAUCAUGAUGCCGCCCAAGUUUCAGCUUCUGGCGCUAUUGGCAUUCGCCGUAGCCAUGGUCUUCUUGGAGAAUCAAAUCCAGAAGCUGGAAGAGUCCCGAGGAAAGCUCGAGCGGGCCAUCGCCCGACACGAGGUGCGCGAGAUCGAGCAGCGGCACACGCAGGACGGCCUGAGGGAGCGGGAGGCGCCGUCGGCGGGGGCCGAGGACGUGGUGAUCAUCUACAACCGCGUGCCCAAGACGGCGAGCACCUCCUUCACCAACAUCGCCUACGACCUGUGUGCCAAGAACCAUUUCCACGUGCUGCACAUCAACACCACCAAGAACAACCCCGUCAUGUCCAUGCAGGACCAGGUGCGAUUUGUGAAGAACGUGACGUCGUGGCGGGAGAUGAAGCCGGCGAUCUACCAUGGACACGUUUCCUUCCUGGACUUCACCAAAUUUGGGGUGAAGAACAAACCCAUCUAUAUUAAUGUAAUCCGGGACCCAAUCGAACGCCUGGUUUCCUACUACUACUUCCUGCGUUUUGGGGAUGACUACAGGCCUGGGCUGAGGCGCAGGAAACAAGGAGACAAGAAGACGUUUGAUGAGUGUGUUUCUGCGGGAGGCUCGGACUGCGCUCCAGAGAAGCUCUGGUUACAGAUCCCCUUCUUCUGUGGUCACUACUCCGAAUGCUGGAAUGUAGGCAGUCACUGGGCCCUGGAGCAGGCCAAGUACAACCUGGUGAAUGAGUACCUGCUGGUGGGGGUGACUGAGGAGCUGGAGGACUUUGUCAUGAUGCUGGAGGCCGCGCUGCCACGAUUCUUUAGGGGCGCCACAGAACUCUACAAAACAGGUAAGAAGUCUCAUCUGAGGAAGACCAGCGAGAAGAAGCCCCCCACCAAAGAGUCCAUCGCAAAACUGCAGCAGUCAGCCAUCUGGAAGAUGGAGAACGAGUUCUACGAAUUUGCCCUGGAGCAGUUCCAGUUUGUCCGAGCGCACGCCGUCCGAGAGAAAGACGGGGAACUCUAUCUGCUUGCCCAGAACUUCUUCUAUGAGAAGAUAUACCCCAAAACCAACUGAGGCAGAGACACACAGGAGAAGUAUGUCUACCCAGUCCCAUUCACUCACCAGGGACAGAGAGGGGGAGGGAGUCAUUUCCGCCAAUAAACCUUUACAUCCACAUGGGCUAAUCUAUGGAAAUGCCUGUCCUCAAGUUGAGUCAGCAGUUUCUGAAUGUUGUCUUUGAAACUGACUCCUCCAUCUCCACAGUAACCAAACAGAACCAAGAGGUCUUCUACAUGUGAAAUUGCCAGGAGGUCCCCACCAGUGGUUCCCACCAGUGGUUCCCACCAGUGGUUCCCACCAGUGGUUCCCACCAGUCCACUGGACUCCUUUUUCACUUUCAGGUGAAAGGUCACUGGAGCUUGACUGACACAUGGCUAGAGACAAGUUGGCUCCGUCUAUAUGGUACCUGACCAGACUUCAAAUCACAUCACAUUAAUAGUAUACUCCUUCCAAAGAGGACAUAUUUGGGAUGGAGUAUUUGGUUGUCUGUUCUUGUAUUUCUACCCUGCCCCCACUAUCAUUAUCUAUGGAAAAAUGGUAAUAAACCUUUUACCUUAGAGAGUCAAUUUAGUGGUGAAAUGACAGCCCUGCUACACAAGGAACUCAACACUUUCAACUACUGUGCUAUCUUAGCCUUUUCUUAUAAACUGAAGAUACUUUUAUGAAAUCUAAAUCCUGUGAACAUGGACUUCAUUGGGUGGCAAACACCCAACUAACUACUAUUCAUGUCUGUGGUACUAUUGUGUGUUUUAUACUGUGUUCAUGUUACUGUUUUAUGAAUCUUGUACACUGUUACCAAGGAUUUUUCCAAGGUGAUAUGGAACUGUUUACACAUGUGAAAUAUGGAAGAUUAUUACAAAAUAAAACUGUUGUAAAUAAUUACUACUUUCAGUACAAAUUUUUUAUUUGCUUUGUUAACAGCUUUGUAAGUGUCUGGUCUGUACAUUUCUUUCAGCUUUGCUCUUUCUUUUAUCGUUUUUGGAUAGUUUUUUUAAACAAUUUUGUCAAUUCAGAAUCGUAGGUCACAUGCAUCACUGUGCUGCCAAAAUGCUAUCAUAUUUAUAUAACCAUAGCCAGAAUUUACCUUGUUAGGAUCUCCUUUGUAUUUCACUGUUUUCCCCUUUUAUUGAUUUCUAAUCUUUGGUGUGCCAUUGUAGUUGCAGUAUAGCUGCCUAACAAAAAAGUCCACAGUAUUCUCCGGGUCUCCUUGGUUCAGGCCGAGACGCCAUUAUGAAGAGCAGAAGGACUGAGAGGAGACUGUAGGUCAGUCAUUACCUGGGAUACACAGAAGUUUAGGCCUACACAAUAGACAAUGUACUUGACUUCUUGCGUUAAGGUCUAUUUGAAGAGGCUGCUGUCAAAGGCUUAGUUUCUUAGCAUAUUGUGCCUUGCUCCUCGCCUAAAUAAAUUGACUUUUUUUUCUUCUCUUUGGCAGUUUUAUCUGCUGGAAUGUCAACAUCAACUUGUCUUGUUUAUUUCAUGCUUAAGUUUAUGUUGCCAAAAACACAGAAUUUAAUAAAAAA